AUGGAUAGAAAUCAUAAACGGUUGAGAAGAAUUCUUCUAAAAGUGAGUCUCAUAAGUGAAAAAAAAUGCUUGUUUAUUCUGGGGCUAUCUCUCUUGAUAUGUAAUGAGGCUAUCUUCUUGGUAGUAUAGCCUAUAUGCUGUAAAAACGGAUUUAUAUGUUGGAAAAGUGGGCAUAAUAAUGGAGGGCUCAAGUUAAAUGUAUUUCCUUAUGUUCCUCUACCCCAGGCUGGGACCCUCCAAGCUAGACCUGGAGAGCAGGUGCUCCAGACAGACGUCCAUGCCACUGGCCAUGAUGGACUAAGGCUGCCAGCCCUGGUAGAUUGCCCCAAGGACGGCCCCCUAAAGGUAAGAAACGGCUUUUAGUUCUGUUGCAAAACAUCUGGUUGUAACGGAGACCAGUUGGUUGUAAUCUAGUAAUAUGACGUGUUGAAAACCAGUUUACAAUGAGAUAAUGAUGCCAUUAAGACACAUGGGUCACCUACUAGUUAGAACUAAUUGUAUUGGAAUUCUGAUUUUAAUUAUAAUUAUAAUUAUAAGGUUAACCCUUAUGUGACAUGUCACUCAGUACCAUCAUGCCUAUAAUAUGGUGAAAGAGGUGGUUUCUAUGGUGAUAUGAUUUUCCCACUGUUGUUAUUUGUCUCAGAACCUUGUGCCGAAGCCCCCACAUGGCCCCAGGCCCAGCCGAGAGGCCAAUAUGGCCAAGGCAGAAAAGAAGGCCAGAGAGGCUAUCAAGGCUAGAAGGGCUAGGGAGGCUAAGGCAGGGGUGAAAAAACCAAGCCACCAAGUAGUUGGUGUGUUGGCACUGCCUCAACCUCUUCUAUCUCCAACAACCAGUUACAGUGAGUAUUGAUCACCACUUCCAAAAAACGUGGAUUUAUUGAUAGAAUUCUAAAAGGAUAUAUGGUGGAAGGACUAUGAGUUAUACAUGUAUGCCCCUUCCAGCAUCACAUCAUACUUCGACUCUCCUCUUUCUGUAGGUGUCCUGCCAGCUAUCAAGAAGGGCACUAAAGUGACUAAAGUGGAGACAACAGGUGGGUGUUGGUGACACAGUGUUUAUUCCUGAUUGCACAACCUCAAUAGAAUCGUUGCUGUGGUAACUAGCUUGUUCAGUGGUAAUUCUGAUUGUCUUAUGUUUUAGAACCCCCAGGUCCCGUGACACCUGAGGACGGGGAGAUAAUGAUCUCCUUUCCAUCUGUUGAUGACCCCCUGACACCAAAGAGUGAUGUCACCUCUGAGGCGGAGCGCAAUGAUGCUUCCCAUCCAAUCUCACCUGAGGAGUUCUCUCCAACAGACUACCUGAAGUCUCACCCGUGGUCCUGCUGUGAACCUCAUUAUGUGCAGAAAAAAUAUAAUCUAUGUAAACACUAGUUUAAGUUGCCAAUGAUUCCUGGUGUUUGUUUGUUUUCCAGUCAGAGAAAGCUUAUCAGGAAGUUCCUCAAACAAAUGGUAAGUCCCCCAUUUCUUCUUCUUUACCGACGGUUAUCAUGGGAAAAAACUAUCUUGUAACAUAAAACCUUCUAGCUGUCAGUUUGUUGUUUUCUGUUUCUCUUUCUAAGAACAUGACAAUAGGCGACCUGGACAAGAUAAUCAAAUGGGUGGUGUGUGUCUCCAAUGAGGUGUUCCUCCCAGCGAUGGCUCUGCACAGGACCUCCAGUCCAGAGUCGUCAGACUCAUCCCGCUGGGCGUCAGGUGUGCUCCAGAUCAUCUCGGAGAAGUUCCACCAGCGGAGUUCUGAGCUGAGGGAAAGGCUCCUCGGCGGGCAGCCACCCACUCCCCCUUCUGAGACCGACGAGGAGCUUCAGGGCACAGCAGAUCUGUUUGUGAGUAACAUCCUGAAAAGGGUCCAGGAGAACCUCUUCUCUUCUGGUGAGGAUGACCUGGAGAAAACCAAUCCAGGCAUCACUCUGACCGAAGAGAGGCUCUCCACCAUCUUCUCAGAGCUGUUCAGGGACGCGUGUGAGAGUGCGGCCCUGGAAACCUUCCAGGAGGGGGAGGACAACAGCUGGAGUAGCUCUGGGUCCUCACAGGGAUCAAGAUGGUUCAACCUCUAUCAUCAGGCAAAGGAGAUGGAGAGUUUUGACCUCCAGAGAGACCCACUCUGCUCCAGCGUCAGUGUGGGAGAACUGGGGUCAGUGAGGAGGCCCAAGGGAAGGGACGUCCAUAAAGCCCUUAGCGAGGGGUCCCUCCCUGUCUUUGCCCUGCUUGGGGAGAGGCCAGGGGUAGUUGGGGAGACAAGCAGCCCUGCUGGGGAGAUGGACGAGACCCAGACUGCCAGCACUCCCAGCCUUCCCAGGUCUGGGCAUGGCGGCAGAAGAAGCAGCCAGACCACCACUCCCACCACCGGCCACAGAGAGGCAGGAGUCACAGCCAGUAACAUCUUUGAUGUUAUUAAUCAUCUGACGCACUCCGACACUGACCGGGAACUCAACCUGGAGUUCAGCAGUGAGGAUGAUGUUUCACUGAAUGAUAUCAUGGACAUGAAGUUCACCCCGGCAGUGGAACCCCUGGGGCAGAUCUUGUCCUCAUGGAGGCUGGUCAACAGGAUCUUCAGGGGGAAGGUCCACUACUUUGGGAAGGAGCUCAUCUGCAAGGUGUAUCAGAUGCUUCUGGACACCGGUAUGGGCAGGAGGCCAAUGGCCCGCCAGAGCAGGUCCGAGCCCAUCCUGAAAGACCUGGCUGCCAACCGUAGGCUCUCCAAUGAAUUAUUCACAGACGUGUUGUAUAUGUUCAUUCAACGGACCAUUAAGAAUCUGCUGGAGAACUUCUUGGGUCUGCCGACCACCCCACCGGGUAGAGACAUUAUGUAGAAUGACAACUUCAACUGGAUGUAUAGGGAUGGCUGGGGGGACACCUCCACAUCCAGCGAAGAGGAGUUGUGGGACAGUGACUCCAGCUGGUCACGUGGGCUUAGGGAGGAGGAGGGGGCAGAGCCUCUUGGGAGGUGGGCCGCUCAGUUGGAGAGGGACAGCUCCCUGACCCUCCAGUCCUCCGGCUCCCUCUCCGAUGACAACAAGGAGGCAUUAGGUUAGUUAUUAUGUUGUUUAUAUCGUCUUUUGCCCCUCCCAUUCCCCUUCUCUCUUUUCCCUUAUUGUCAUGAAGGGUAUUUUCCUUUUCUCUCUCCUCUUUUUUUCUUAUUUUUCUAUAAAGUGUUUGGAGACAUUUUGUGUGUGAAGUAACACUUUUAAUCACAUGUGUCAAACUCAUUCCACAGAGGGCCGGGUGUCUGCGGGUUUUCACUCCACACUUGAUUGAUGAAUUAAGGUCACUAUUUAGUAAGAAACUCCCCUCACCUGGUUGUCUAGGUCUUAAUUGAAAGGAAAAAACAAAAACCUGCAGACACUCGGCCCUCCAUGGAAUGAGUUUGACACCCCUGCUUUAAAUAAAUGUUGAUUUGACUAGGGGCCAUCUACCAGGUCCUGACCACCAGGGUGGGAGACAUCCUGAACAGGACCUGCAACGACGAUUACAAGGCCAGGCUCAUCAUCCAGAAAGGUACAUUUAUAACCUGUUUUACCCAUAUGACCAGUAAUAACCAUGUAAUAACCAGUGUAUUAUCAUUAUAGUAAAUGUACUAGAUACUGCAUAGUGCUAUACAUGGAUGUGGCUUUGAACCAGUUCAGAAUAUGAGUGUGUUUUCUUAGGAAUGGAUUCCGGUGCCAGGGACAGGUUCCCUGACACUCCGUGUUCCUCUUCACCCAAGGACGAAGAGGAGGUGGUUGUGAGUGUCAUGACUGUCUCAUACCCUAAACCAUCCACCUCAACCCAGGCAGCAUGGACUCUGGACGUUUUGCUGCCCAGACCCUGCCAGGAUGAAGAGAAGGUGGUCCCUAACCUCACGAAGGUCAAACCCUUCCUUGAUGAAGAAGAGGUAGUCCCCAGCACCUCCAUGAAGGACGACUACCCAUGCAGCACGGGCAGCUCCUUCCCAGACCCUGGAAGAAGAGGUGGGGGGAGCUGA